UGCUUUGUCUCGGUGCCCCCGGCCUCCGCCAUCCCCGCUGUGAUCUUUGCCAAGAAUUCAGAUCGACCCCGGGACGAGGUGCAGGAGGUGGUGUUUGUACCAGGAGGCACCCAUGCCCCUGGCAGCAGGCUCCAGUGCACCUACAUUGAGGUGGAACAGGUGGCGAAGACCCAUGCUGUGAUCCUAAGCCGCCCUUCUUGGAUGUGGGGGGCUGAGAUGGGUGCCAACGAGCAUGGUGUCUGCAUUGGCAACGAAGCCGUGUGGACCAAGGAGCCAGUUGGGGAGGGGGAAGCCCUGCUGGGCAUGGACCUACUCAGGUGCGGCCCCUGCCUUCCCUCCUCCCCUCAACACACUCGACGCCUGGGGACUGAGUACUGGCCCAAGCCUGUACCCCUCCCCCAAGCCUGGUUCACGAGGGCCUCCUCCUUCAUGGCCGCCUCGCCUUGGUGUCAUCGCCAGGAGGCUGCCUCUGACCCUCCUCUCCCCUGGGCUCACCUCCACAGUCUGGCUGGCUUUAGAACGGAGCAGCUCAGCCCAGGAGGCCUUGCAUGUGAUCACAGGCUUGCUGGAGCGCUACGGGCAGGGGGGCAGCUGCCGGGAGGACCCCACGCCGUUCUCCUACCACAACACCUUCCUGCUGGCUGACCGGACUGAGGCGUGGGUGCUGGAGACGGCAGGGAGGCUGUGGGCUGCACAGAGGAUCCGGGAGGGAGCCCGCAACAUCUCCAACCAGCUGAGCAUUGGCACAGACAUCUCAGCCGAACACGCAGAGCUUCGGACGCAUGCCCAGGCGCAGGGCUGGUGGGGUGGCCAGGGCAGCUUUGACUUCGCGCAGAUCUUCUCCCUGACCCAGCAGCCGGUGCGCAUGGAAGCCGCCAAGGCUCGCUUCCGGGCCGGGCGGGAACUGCUGCAGCCACAGCAAGGGGCCAUCACGGCAGAAGUGAUGAUGGACAUUCUCAGGAACAAGGAGAGUGGCAUCUGCAUGGACUCGGGAGGCUUCCGCACCACGGCCAGCAUGGUGUCCGUCCUGCCUCAGGAUCCCACACGGCCCUGCGUCCACUUCCUCACUGCCACGCCAGACCCAUCCAGGUCAGUGUUCAAACCUUUCGUCUUUGGGGCAGGGGUGGCUCAGGCCCCCCAGGUGUUGUCCCCCACUUUUGGAGCACAGGACCCUGUUCGGACCGUGCCCCGAUUCCAGACUCAGGUGGACCGCCGGCACGCUCUUUACCGUGGACACCAGAAGGCCCUGGGGCUGAUGGAGAGUGAGCAGGGUCGGGGGCAGCAGCUGCGGCAGAAGCAGCGGGAUCUGGAGCAGGAAGGCCUGGAGGCUGCGAGGGGGCUGCUGGCCGGGGAACAGACCCCACACCCCCAGAAGCUGGGUGGCCUCUUCCAGGCCUUCGUGGAGAGGGAGAGCCAGGCGUACGCCUGAGCUGCGCAGCUCCUCCCAGCCUGGCGCGCGGUUCAGGUGCUGGGGGUGGGCGCCGGACCCCUGUGGGGGUCGUGCAAUCAGAGCGAUUCCUUUACACUCCUCGUUCUGAGUGCUGGC